ACCAUCCAUCCAUCCACCCCCUCCGGCCGACACGGCGGCGCAAUGCCUCCCCUGAACCCUCCCCACCUCCACUUCCACAGGCUCAGGAAGCGGACGCGCGCCGCGGCAGGUGGCUGCGGCGGUGGGGGGCACCACCACCAGGCGCCCGCUGCUGCCGCCAUGGCCAAGAAGGGCCUCGCCGGCAUACUCUACAAGCUCCGCGACGUGCACCAUCGCCCGCAGCCGCCGCAGUCGGUGUCGCCGACUUCCCCCUCGCCGUCCCCGCACUGCCACGGCCGGCAUCGGCUGUGCUACCCGCCGGCGCCGUCGUCGUGGCCGUGGCCGUCGUGCCGGCACCCACGCACCAGCUCGUUCCGGUGGCCGGCGCUGGGGCAGGAAGACGACGCCUCCGUGUACCGCACCGUGAACACCGUGUACGACACGUCGUCGGAGCACUUCAACCAGCGGCGCUCGUCCCUCGACGAAGCGUCGCCCUGCAUUGUUGACCGGAGCUUCCUCGCCGUGGAGCCGGCUGCGGCGGAGGAGGAGGAGGAGAAGGAGCUGCAGCUGCGCGAGACGGCCGUCGUGCGCGGCGUCCGGUCGGAGCGGCUCUUCUUCGAGCCGGCCGGCGCGGAGUUCUUGCCCAAGCAGGAAAUGGCGCGAGGCAAGAACGACGAGGCGACCGCCAUGGACAUUGCUCCCGAGAACGACGACGUCGACGAGGCGACAACCACGACGGCCGGCAAGAACGAAGCCGCGAUUGCGACGGAGGCCGCCGUGCUGAAGGGUGGCGCGGUGGUGCUGACGGUGGAGUCAGAGGACCCGUACGGCGACUUCCGUUCGUCAAUGGCGGAUAUGGUGGCGGCGCACGGGCUGCGUGACUGGGAGGGCCUGGAGGAGCUCCUGGCGUGGUACCUCAAGCUCAACGGCAAGGGCGUCCAUGGCGUCAUCGUGGGCGCCUUCAUCGACCUCCUCGUCAGCCUGGCGUCCUCGCCGAGCCCGUCGCUGCCGUCGCCGUCGCCCUCGUCGUCGUGCAUCACCUUCGAGGACUACUCAUCGGCGACCAUGGAGGAGAGCUGUUCUUGAGGACCGCGUUUUGUUUUCUUUAAUUAGUCUCAUCAAGAGAUGGAAAUCUUUUUUUUGGCGCUAAUUCUUUUUCUGUAUCCACAGAGGAAUGGCAAGUGAGGAGAUGAUUGUACAGUUGCUAAAACUAAUUGAUGCUGAUCAUUAGUGUAGAUUAAUUAAUG